CCCCUUUUUUUUUUCCUUCCAGUUACUUCUUUCUUUUUUUUUUCUUUUCUUUUUUUCCUUACUCACACACUCUCUCUCUUCCUUUUUCCUUAUUUCCUUUAAAAAGAAGAUAGACAGAUAGGAUGACGGUCGAUACGGAAUUGCGUCAACGCAAUCCUUCUUCUUCCAAACAAGAUAAACAAGCAGUAGAACCCUCUUUCCGGGAUGACGAUAUUGACAUGAAAAAAGACAAGACCGUUCGUUCUUCUUAUGGCAAAACUCCUGAUGGAAAAGGUUUCCGUGUACCAGUCACUCAUGAAAUGGUCUCCACUCUAUUGGAUCCUCAACAGAAAAAAGGUUUCUUUGAUAUUUUGACACUUGGUAUCAUGGCGGUCCAAAUAAGUUUGUUCUUUUUAUUGCCUACCCGAACAAAACAAUUCUUAUUUCUGGCUCUGUUUUCCUUUUGGCGAUUGGCUUACAAUGUGGGUCUUGGUGCUUUACUCAAAUUUCAAAGUGAUAGUCGUGGAUUGGUGCGUAUGGCGAAAAAGUACAAGUUGUUUGAUCCUCAAUCGAAAACGUAUCAUUGGUUGAAAAGGGAAUUGUCUGUCAAGAUGGGUGAUGAUUAUGACUAUGCUACGGCUCCUAUCGAAUACAAUACUUGGCUUCUUUAUCGUCAAUUGGUUGAUGUGAUCCUGAUGAACGAUUUUACUACCUAUAUGUGUUUUGCAUUGUCUUGGUUCAAUACUUCUCCUCAAUCAUCUUUCAUUAUGGGUGACGCUUUACGUUGGUGUGGUGGUUUGUUCCUGGUGGUUUUUAAUAUUUGGGUCAAAAUUGAUGCCCAACGUGUAGUGAAAGAUUUUGCCUGGUACUGGGGUGACUUUUUCUUCUUGAUCGAACAAUCUUUAACUUUUGAUGGUGUAUUUGAAAUGGCUCCUCAUCCUAUGUAUUCUGUUGGAUAUUUUGGUUACUAUGGUGUUUCUUUGAUGUGUGCAAGCUAUACAGUCCUUUAUGUCAGUAUGGCAGCUCAUGCUCUUCAGUUUGUGUUCUUGGUCUUUGUUGAAAAUCCUCAUAUUGAUAAAACAUAUAAUCCUCCUACUGUUCCUAAACGUCAGACUCCUUCCAAGGUGAAAUCUGGAGAUGAUGAUGAUCAAUCCAACAAAGACCAAGGAGAUCCUCAAAAUGACCUGACAACUUCCUACUUCCGUCGUGAUUUGAUUGUGUUCAAGAAUUUUGACUUUUUCCGCUCUACCGAUUUGGUGUCCUUUAUGGUCAUGACUUAUGCUAUUCUUUUGCCCUUAUUGCUACCUUCUCGUAUUGGUAUCAUCUUUGCUGUUGGACAAGCUUUCUUCUGGCGUAUUAUUCAUUCUUAUGGACUUGGUGCUCUCUUACGUGCUCAAUCUCAAGAUAAGUUCUUUACUCGUCACUUUGUCAAAUGGGGUGGUGGUGUUCAAGAAGCAUUUCACAACUGGAAGAGUAUUUACAAUUUAUCUUUAUGUAUGACGUAUAUCAGCUUCAUUGUUGCUGCUUGGAAAAUGUACUCUUUACCUGAAGAUUGGACUUAUGGUACUACUUUAUUACGACAUACUCUUGGUUUGACCUUUAUUGCUCUUCAUGUUUGGACUUCUGCGUCUAUCUUUGAAGUACUUGGAGAUUUUGGUUGGUUCUAUGGUGAUUUCUUCCUUGAUGAUCAUCCUUCUGAAUUAUUGUACACUGGUAUUUAUCGUUUCUUGAAUAAUCCAGAAAAAAUUAUGGGUCAUGCUGCUUUUUGGGGUUUUACUUUAAUGGCCAAUAGUUGGACUAUCUUUGGUUUGGCUUUAUUUUCACAAAUCUCCAACUUUUUGUUCUUGCAUUACAUUGAAGCUCCUCAUAUGCGCAAACUUUAUGGUGAUCAAAUUCGAAAGGAAGCUGGUUUGACUAAAACGUUAAAAUCUGCAGCCAUUGCUAUCCCCAAGAAUAUUCCUGACAAGUUACAACAAGAAGUGGCUAAAUUGAUCCGUGAAAAGCAUGAACUUCGAGCUGCUAUGAACACCACCAAAAGUGUUGAACGUAUGGUCAAAGAAACUGUUGAAAAGGUUGAAAAGGCUAUGGAAGAAACAAAAGGUGUAGUUGGUGAAUUAAUGGAUGCCGCUCGACCAAGGCUACAAGAAAUGCUGACUGAAACUAGAUCAUUGAUCAAAUCACAACGUGCAAGAUUGAUUCCUCAAGUGGUGAAUAUUGAAAUGUAUGAUUUAUCAAGGUACUCUGUUAAACGUAAUCAUGCAAACUAUGAAUUGGGUCAAGCCAUCUCAGCAGUGUGGGAAGCACCUAGUUACCAUGGUGAGCGCGAUUGGAUUGGUAUUUACAAGGUAGGAAGUAACAAGAAUAAACAAGUCACCAAUAUCAGUUCUCGUGGAUUAUGGAAAUGGGCCGCGGAUCUUUUGGAUGAUACCGGCAUGAAAACCAAGGCCAUCCAUAAGAAGAAAAAGAACAAUGAUCAAGAUUCACCUACAACCAUCGACCUUUCAUCGGCCAAUGAUGCGGAGCAUCUUGUUAGCAUGAUCCAUGCAAAACAACCAUCGGAUCAAGAACGCGGGACGGUGACAUUUGGUGGCAAUCAACUUCCAUGGGAACAAGGUACUUACGAACUACGGUAUCAUCAUGAUGGCAAACAUAAUGUGAUGGCAGUCAGUGCUCCAUUUGAUAUUUUGGCACCAACACCAAAGGAUCCGAAUGACAUCAAUAGUAUGCAACAUCAUCUUUUACGACUUGUACAGAACGCUUUGGACAAUAAUCCUGAAACCAUCCCAGUGUCUCCUGCUGAUGCAUUUAUUGGAUUAGGUGAAAUGGAAGCAAGGCAUAUUGUGGAUGUGAUCAAAUUGACUUAUGGUGUUGAAUUUGCUUGGGAAGUCGUCUUGGCUGACAAUACUGUUGCUCGUCUGGCAAAAAGGGUGCAAGUUGCCGUGGAAGCCUUAUCGCCUUUUCCAAAUCAAAAAAUGAAACGAUCGUCUACUUGUAAUCCCGUCAUGUCCGUGUCUCCCUAGUAUAUAGUGAUUCAUUUGUUUUUAUGUUAUUCUUUUGAACUUUACAAAAUAAAAAUGUUCUUCUUGAUGCAUAACUUAAAAGUAAAUAGAAUUGGA